CGAAAAAUGUCAAAGGCGACAGAAGAACAGAGCCUUUUGUUACUUCUGUAGUUCUGUACAGAAGGUACCCAUGUGCGCACAUUGCGGAAAAACAAAGUGUAUGAUGAAGUCAUCGGACUGUGUCAUAAAGCAUUCAGGUGUAUACAGUACAGGCAUGGCCAUGGUGGGUGCUGUCUGUGACUUCUGUGAAGCCUGGGUCUGUCAUGGCAGAAAGUGCCUCUCUACGCAUGCAUGUAGUUGUCCAUUGACUGAUGCAGAAUGCAUUGAAUGUGAAAGGAGUGUCUGGGAUCAUGGAGGCAGAAUGUUUUGCUGCUCUUUUUGCCACAACUUCCUAUGUGAAGAUGACCAGUUUGAGCAUCAAGCCAGUUGCCAAGUUUUGGAGGCAGAGACUUUUAAAUGCAUUUCCUGUAAUCGACUCGGACAGCAUUCAUGCUUGCGUUGCAAGGCUUGUUUUUGUGAUGAUCAUGCACGUAGUAAAGUCUUCAAGCAAGAAAAAGGAAGGCCCCCUCCUUGUCCUAAGUGUGGACAUGAAACACAAGAGACAAAGGAUCUCAGCAUGUCCACACGCUCUGUGAAGUUUGGCCGACAGACUGGAAUGGAAAAUGAUGAUGAUGCUUCUGGUUAUGAUGAUUAUUGGAAGAACAUAGCCUCAGGUGGAAGCAGCGCUGGAACACGGCAUGAUGAUUAUGAUGGCUAUGGAGAAGAUGAUGCUGAAGGUUAUGAUGACAACGAUGAUGAUGAAGAGGAGGAAGAGGAGGAGGAGGAUGGUGAAGGAGAGAAAGAAUCUGAUGUCGAGGGAGCUGAACUAUUUUCUAAUUUAAAUUUAGGGAGAACUUAUGCCAGUGGGUAUGCCCACUAUGAGGAGGAAUCACGAGACUAAGAGGAAGCUUAUAUCUUCAAAUUAGGUAGUUAUUCUGUGGCUUGUGAUGUUAAUGUACACUAGAAAGAAAAGUAAAAAUAUUUCUAAGAGGGAUUUUCAGAUGCAUCAUCAUAUCAGCUUAACAUAACCUGUCAGUCUGAGACCAGUGAUAGUAAAGUGCUACAGUAGGUCUAUUUUUAUGCAUUUUUAUAUUAAAACUAGAGAUGUAUAGAGACUGAGAUUUAAUAUCCCGUUAUACAGACGAGUGGGAAAUCAUGGCUGUAAAGUAACAUUCGUGUUAUGCUGCAAGGUUCGUUUUGGCACACAGACUUUGUGACAGCUGUUAUUAUGCAUUUACUCUCUUGUCAUUUAAUUCAUUAAUUAUCAUUUUUAUUUUUAUUUAUUUUUUUGGAUCCUCAAAAGCAGUUUUAUGUUUGCUGCACACAGUACAGCAUGUAUAAUUAAAUCUGUUAUGUUUGUAGUGUCCAUUUUAAUGGCAUAUGAAAUGGUGAGAUCAGUUACAUAGUUUCUCUUCUUUGAUUACUUUUAGUCCAUAGCAAAUUCUUCGUGUGUCAUGUCAGUCUGUCUUUUGGUUGAACAGUGACAUAAAAUGCAGAAAAGGAAAGCUUUUUGUAGUUAACAAAUUUGUUUCAAAACCUGAAUGUAGAGCAUAGCCUACCUAGUUCAUUUGCAGUGGACGUAUUUCUGAGAAUCUACUAUUGCAAUUAAUGGGUUACAGCCACUUUGGAAUAACUACAGUGCUUUAACUUGGAUUCCUAGGUUGUCUUUCCUCUGUCAGAGUGUUAGAUUAAUCUGCAAGUUGCAUUAUUUCUGUUCACUUGACCACCAUUGGGUUAGCAACACUGCAGUUGCUUUUCUUCCUAGACUGUGGUUAGCAGCGGGCACACAUGCAUAAUGUAUUUUCUGGUUGUAGUGCCAGUUGGCAUGUUUCCUUUUCAUUUAUUGCUUCUUAAUAAAAACUACUUGGCCAAGUUGGUAGUUAUACAGCCUGGCAGUAGUAAUACCAUCCAAUGCUGUCUCUUUUUCCUUUCAUCACAUAACCAUGUGUAGGCUUGUUCUCCAACUACUAUGGAGAGUGAUAUGUGACCUAACUGUUCUCAGCAGACUUGAUGUUUGUGUUUUUGGAACAGUCAAUAAUGUUGUCACAGAUUUUCCUUCUUUCUCUCUCCCCCUCUGUUUUUAUAAUAUCUUUAGAUUAAAUGGGAGUUUAUAUGUUGAUUGAUCACCACCACAGUGGUGUACAUAACUUUCUGAGUUUGCCUGCCACAUCAUUAAUUAGUGAGAUAAAAACACAUUAGAAGACAUCUGCACCUGUGUAAUUUCAGGCGCAAGAUUUAUUGUGUGUUAAUAGUAGACUGAGGAAAGAGACUGCUUUUAAAUGAGCAUUUAAAGAAGUUAAUUUAUUCAUAUUUGAAAUCCAGUAGCCAUAAUGCAUUAAUGCUGUUUUGUUUUCAGUAAUUGUUUCAUUUAGCACCGCCUUCUUGUUACAUUAAUUAAUGCAGUAUUUUAGUUAUAAACCAGAAUGGCAUCACUUGAAAUGGAAGACACACCUUUAAAGUUUGACUUUGUUUCUGUACAAAUUGUGUCACUGAGUUGUGGAGCAGAUCAGUAAUUAAAUAAAAUGAUUGCAAUAAAAGGUAAAAGAAUCUCAAAUGUA